GUUUGACACCUUACGCAUCGUGAUGAUAUCGUUUGCACGAUUACCUGUCGACUUUCAUCUCUCUCUCUCAUUUUUCAUCUCACUCGAGUUCAAGAUUUCAGCACUCUGGCUCGUGUUCUUCCCAACAAGAAACCUCACACGCUCUCACCCGUCUAUACAUACAAAUUUGUCUAGGGGUUACCUCAACAGCCAGGAUGUCGAUCAACGAACCAUUGACAAGAGAUCGAUGCGAGGAGCUCAUGAAUUUUGUCAUGCAGGAAGCUCUCCACUGGCUCCGCUAUGUCAGCCAAGAAGACCUGCUGCAGGACUACUUCCUCUCUCUUCCGAUUGACGUUGAGAGGCAAAAGUUGGACGAGCUGGCACACGCACCCGCCUACCAAGUCGUCGGGAGGCUAGAGUACUUUACCGUGGAGGCCGAGAAGCUCAAGAACGACGUCCGUCAGGACCAGAUCAAUUUGCCGAAUGCGCCAGUUCCGGCCGCGUGCGAUGUCCUGGGCGGCCAUACCGAGACCCGGGCCCAUGCAGAGGACGGCGACGUGGCCAUGACUCGCCCGGACUCGUCAUCCUCCGAGGAUACCAACAUCUCCCCAGUCAUGCCCACCAGCUGGCCUCAUCAAAUCCCACCGGCUACUGGCCCGGCAAGCGGCAGCGACUCGCCCGCGGGGCAAUCAAGCAGCGGGACGCGCUUCGACGUCAAUGGCGAACUUCGCACGCAGGUCCUCGUCCUUGUUUGCAGGUUGGGUGACGAGUUCAUCCGGCGGUGUGCGAGGACCAAGGCCAAGCAGAUUGAAGGUUAUGGCCACGACAUUGAGCAGCAAUCGUACAACGACGUCAAGAGGGCCUUGAUCCACUGCGAGAUGACACCCAAGGCGUGCUAUGACUGGAUUCGCAAUAUUGAUGAGGAUGAUGAGUAAGCCCAUGAGCUUGUUUUUGUUUCUUUUGUUUUUCUUGACAUCAUGG